UCGUUUCAGACAGUUUGGUUUACCUAUUCAUAAAUAUCAAGAUGGUCAAGAGUUAGUUUGUGUUUGGUGCGUUGUCUAAACGGAAUAAGGAUAGUCGGCGAAUAGUCAUACUGUCUAUCUUAAAUAUAUCUGUAGGUUUAUAAAUAGUACCAUUGGGACCGUGUUGUCACGUGAUCUCAUGAAUACAACAUGGCGGGCGACGUAACCAGGGAAGAUGUUUACAUAGGAUACAAAUAUUUUGACGGUUUUACUGUCAAUAGAUACCGUUAGCAAUAUGUGAGCAUAACAUAAUCUGUGAGAUCGAUUUUCUACAUAGGUGAGAGGCGUUAACGGCUUGCGUGAUACAUAUUUCACAGGAUACCAGAUACUGGUAGCCCAUGAUCCCAUGUCAUACUGAGUUCAAACUGAUCACAAGUCAUUUGGCGUUGCCAGGACUUGAGUGAUUCAUGAUGGGCGCUCGGUGUGGAUGAAAUUAUCGGGAUUAUGGUUUUGUGGCUGCAUGGAGGGAUUUAACCAGUCCAUGUAUGGACAGAUAGCUGUAGAGACAAGAGUUGAUGAUGGCAAGGAAACCUACCACAGUUGUGUGCUAUAUCUGUGGCCGAGAGUUUGGGUCUAAAUCUAUUUCUAUUCAUGAACCACAGUGCUUAAAGAAGUGGCACGCUGAAAAUAACAAUUUACCAAAACAGAUGAGAAGGAAAGCUCCUCAGAAGCCAGAAAUCCUUCCUACAAUAGGUGGCAGUGGAAAAUAUGAUGCAGAGCGUUUCAAUGAAAUGGCAUGGCAGAGUGCUCAGUCAAAUCUAGCUGAGUGUGAAAAUUGUGGUAGGACAUUUAACCCUGACAGACUGCCUGUCCACCAGCGAAGUUGUAAACCUGGUAAACCAAUGAUGCCUCUGAAGAAAAAGGGAGGAGAAGGAACAGGAGCAAAUGAUGGAGGGUCAAGACCAGGAACCGCUACCCUGUCAAGUCCAAAUGUCAUCAAUAUGAACAGCUCCGUUGAUCUUGAGAGCAGCCAGCGCCGAAAACCCCAUCCUCCAGGUUAUCAAGCAGAUCGCAGGUGGGCUCUAGACCACAUGUUGGAAACCGACAAUCCACUUUUACUUCUGACAAGAAGAAACCACAGGCAGCAAACCCUCCUGCUUCCAAAGGACCAAGGUUUGUUUUAUGUUAUAUAUGUGGUCGUCAGUUUGGAAAAGCCUCAGUGGGAAUUCAUGAACCAAAAUGUUUGGAAAAGUGGAAAAUUGAAAAUGACAAACUUCCGAGAGAGCAAACGUCGACCGGAGCCGAAGAAACCAGAAGUACUAAAAGCAGGAGGUAAAAUAGAUGCUGAGGCAAUGAAUGAGGCUGCAUGGAAGAGUGCCCAGGCUAAUCUGGUUCCCUGCCCAAACUGUGGAAGGACAUUCAAUCCAGAUAGACUUCAAGUUCAUCUCAGAGCCUGCAAACCUAAGAAUGGCACUCCAAACAUGUCAUCCCAGACACUGAAUGGGCCAAGUGAAGGAGGGCCUCCAGCCAGUAAAAGUGGAUUCAGUGGUCAGCCUCCAGCUCAAAAGGGUCCCCGCACAGUUGUCUGCUAUAUCUGUGGAAGGGAGUUCGGAACCAAGUCUCUACCCAUACAUGAACCUCAGUGCCUUGAAAAAUGGAAAAUUGAAAACCAAAAACUGCCCAAAGAAUUGCGGCGACCAAUCCCAAAGAAACCACAAGCAGUUGGGGGUGGUAGACUCACCAGGGAUCAGAUGAAUGAGGCUGCAUGGGAAGCUUCAAAAGCUCAGCUGGUUCCGUGUCCAAACUGUGGCCGAACGUUUGCUCCAGACCGACUGGCUGUCCACCAGCGGGCAUGCCGACCAAAGACUGCUACCAUCAGGAAGGGGGGCGGGCCUGGCAUGAACAAGUCCAAUGCUGCUAAUGAGCCUCCUCCCAUCUCCAAGCCGGCUGUGAUACAGAAACCUCGCACAGUUGUGUGUUACAUAUGUGGCCGUGAAUUCGGAACCAAAUCAAUAUCCAUCCAUGAACCACAGUGCAUGAAGAAAUGGCACAUUGAGAAUGACAAACUGCCACCGAACAUGAGACGCCCUAAACCAAAGAAACCUGAAGUUAGAAGUAUUGGAGGAAAGGGCGCCUAUGACAUUGAAGCCAUGAACCAGGCAGCAUGGGAGAGUGCGCAGGCUGCGCUUGUUCCCUGUGACAACUGUGGGCGGACAUUCAACCCGGACAGACUUUUUGUUCAUCAACGGAGCUGUCGCCCCAAACCUGCCAAACAAGGCUAGAAUCUCUGUGUGUGUUUAACGUUUCAUUACCGAGCUGCAUCAGCUCCUGUGAUACCUCAUGAGUGUACAGAGGAAUCUGGCAACAUUGAUUUCCCAGAAAGUGUUGUAUGACAAAGAUGGUAGAUACAACAGCCGGGUCAAAACCACUUUUACCAUUUGGUCUCAGUCUUCAGUGCAGUGAUGAGUGAUAAUAUCUGAGUUUAUAGUAGAUAUACACAACUGUCAUGAUUGCUGAUUUAUUAUCUAACUUAGGGACCGUUCAUAAUGUAUGGAAAUUGGGGAAUGAUGGUGAUUUUUUAUGGAUAAGCAUGUACAGUGUGAAUGGAUCACCCAUCCC